AUGCCCGCAGCUGACAGAGACGCGGCGGUGGACGGCCACCGACACGUGGGACAGAAAGCCACCGCGUGCGUGGGCACGGACACCCCGCUCCCCGCGCCUCUCGGCGGAGCUCCGUCCGGGGACAUCCUGCGCAGUUUCUACCACACCAAGCGCGUGGGGAACUACCUGAUUGGCAGGAAGCUGGGAGAGGGCUCCUUCGCCAAGGUGCGCGAGGGUCUCCACGCCAUGACCGGAGAAAAGGUGGCUGUGAAGGUUAUUGACAAGCGGAAAGCAAAGAAGGACUCAUAUGUGACAAAGAACCUGCGAAGGGAAGGCCAGAUACAGCAGAUGAUUCGCCACCCAAACAUCACACAGCUGCUGGACAUCCUGGAGACAGAGAACAGCUACUACCUGGUGAUGGAGCUGUGCCCCGGGGGGAACCUCAUGAAUCGCAUCUAUGAGAAGAAGCGUCUGGAGGAGAAGGAGGCCCAGAAGUAUGUCCGGCAGCUAGUUAUGGCCGUGGAGCAUCUGCACCGGGCGGGUGUGGUGCACAGAGACCUGAAGAUAGAGAACCUUCUUCUUGACGAAAACAACAACAUAAAACUCAUAGAUUUUGGCCUGAGCAACUGUGCCGGGAUCCUGGGCUACUCGGACCCGUUUAGCACGCAGUGCGGCAGCCCGGCGUACGCUGCGCCAGAACUCCUGUCCCGGAAGAAGUACGGCCCCAAAGUGGACGUCUGGUCCAUAGGGGUGAACAUGUACGCCAUGCUGACUGGUACCCUCCCCUUCACGGUGGAGCCCUUCAACCUUCGUGCUCUGCACCAGAAGAUGGUGGACAAGGAGAUGAACCCCCUGCCACCAGAACUGUCCUCAGCUGCUGUUCACCUCUUAAAGAACCUUCUGGAACCUGACCCCAACAAGAGGCCCAAUAUCCACCAGGUGAUGUCUGACUCAUGGCUGCAGCUGGGGAACCCACAGACUGGGACCCCGUACCUGAACAGGAUCCACAUCGAGGAGAUCAACCACACGGUGCUCCUGCACAUGACCGAGAAGAUGGGCUACAAACACAGUGAGGUCCUGAGUGCCGUGCUCACCAAUAGAGCCUGCCACACGCUGGCUGUCUACUUCCUGCUCAACAACAAGAUGAGGAGACUGUCCAAGGAGUACCGGGAGAAGGAGGUAAUGGAGAAGGACAAGAAGCCGGAACUGUUUCAGACCCACUGGAGGAAGCGCAUCGAGAAAAUCACCAUCCCCCCCAAGCAGACACCCAUCUACCUGGCCAUCAGCAAGGGCCCCACCAAGGACAAGAAACAGAAAACAGGUCUCCUCCGCUCCAUCACGGGUGGCAAGAGUUUGAACCUUGGUCCUGGUGGUAGCGUAGCCUCCUCUUCCCUGGAGUACUUGGAGAUACACCCUCUAUUUCCCCGCACGCCGCUGCCAAUCAGACGGCUGGAGACGCACCAGCCAGUGAGCGAGAGCUCUGGCACGGGGGGAGUGGACGCUCCGGCUCCUAGUCUCGCAACGCACUCCUGGGACUCGGCCACCGGGGGGCAGAGCGAUGUGCCGCCGCUUGCCACGCCCUGGCAGAAACAUCCCAACAGCGCCUUCUCCCCACUCCGCCAGCCCGCUUUGCCAUCGGACAACUCCUACCUGAAGAAGGCCACCAUCCCCAGCCCACCCGUGCUAAUUGUGGCCCCUCAGCCUAAGAAGGGCUCCACCAAGUCAGACUGCACCUCCUCCCCAGAGUCUGGCGACAGCCCACCAGCAGAUCCAGAGAGCCCCCAGCACCGGAGCAAGUUCCCCUCAAUGGGCAUGGGGCAAAUCCUGAAGAAACGCAACCCCCCCUUCGGCUUUCGGGGUGAACCAUCCCUGGAAAUGGAAUCAGUUGCGCCGCCUCCCUACCACAUGCAGACUCUCAAGACUCUGUGUUGAUGCAUUUCGGGAGACUGUGCCCUGUCCUGCCCUGCCCUGUCCUGCCCUGUCCCUAAUUCUCCUCACCAUUUAUUACGGGCCAAAAUUCUGUUCAACUCUUCUCCAUGUCGGCAAGCGAAGCAGGCAGGAAGGUACAUGGUGUGUUUUUCUUCUUCGUCUUCAUCGUCAUUCCCGAUUCAGAUUAGACACGGGACCCACAGUUUAACAUUAAGAAAAAAAUCCAGAUUCAAGGACUGGUCCUUUGUAGAUACCUGCACGUUAGUCCAGACCUCUUUCGAACCCCGCUCAUUUUUAGCUUUCCUAAAUGUACAUUAUGCAUUCAGGGAUAGCACGGUGCUUCUUGUCAAUGUCAUCACCACUACGGAAAGAGACACUGUGAGACAUAACCGACCAUUCCUCAAGCAGCGGACCUUAUGUGACCUCGGGUCACCACCUGGCAUGGGAAAGGAGAACACCUCGAGAGCAGGGCGUUCGUUUUUUUUACUGCUGUUUUCAGUGCUUCCAGAAAUGAGAAUUUUGUUGACCGGAAUGAAGAGCUGCACAAAUGUCGUUUUUUUUUGUGUGUGAUAUUGUUGCAGUGUCACAAAUGCUGUCACUUUUUCACCGAAUGUUUUCUGUCUCCUGGUGCUAGCCAGGGCCUCCAGACUCUUUGUCGAAAUGUUUUCUUCACACGCUCCUUGUAUGCAGCUGGAUCUCAGAUGGGACGGCACAUGCAGAAUGCCCCGCCCGCACAGGGGAGAGCCUUAAGCCAACCGGAGAUGAAGCAGUGUUGCUCAGCAGAGGAAUGACCAGCAAAGUUUGAGACAAUG